CUGUGAGGCGGCGCGGGGGGCGGGCGCUGCCGGAGGGGCGGCGCCGGGAACAUGGCGAAGACGUACGAUUAUCUCUUCAAGCUGCUGCUCAUCGGCGACUCGGGCGUGGGCAAGACCUGCGCGCUCUUCCGCUUCUCCGAGGAUGCCUUCAACGCCACCUUCAUCUCCACCAUCGGUAUUGAUUUUAAAAUUAGAACUAUAGAGCUAGAUGGCAAGAGAAUUAAACUACAGAUAUGGGACACGGCUGGGCAGGAGCGAUUCCGAACCAUCACGACCGCGUACUACCGGGGAGCAAUGGGCAUUAUGCUAGUCUAUGACAUCACCAAUGAAAAAUCUUUUGAAAAUAUUCGGAACUGGGUCAGGAAUAUUGAAGAGCAUGCCUCUCCAGAUGUUGAAAAAAUGAUUCUUGGAAAUAAAUGUGAUGCAAAUGACAAAAGACAAGUCUCUAGAGAGCAAGGGGAGAAGCUUGCUGCAAGUUUUGGAAUUAAAUUUAUGGAGACGAGUGCAAAAGCCAAUAUAAACAUAGAGAAUGCAUUUUUCACUCUUGCAAGAGAUAUCAAAGCAAAAAUGGACAAGAAAUUGGAAGGCAAUAGCCCGCAAGGCAGCAACCAGGGAGUCAAAAUCACACCAGACCAGCAAAAGAAAAGCAGCUUUUUCCGAUGUGUCCUUCUGUGAGGGACACAGCCUUAAUCUGAGCAUCUGCUCAACUGAACUGGACUGUGCCUGUUCUGAGUGAGAUUUCCUCUGUCUGUGGACUUAACAUUUUCAACAUACCUUGUCACUCUGUGACCAUCUGAAUAAGAAAUUGUUUAUUUUAGUAAUUGUCUGACUCUUCAAUUUUGGAGAUGAAACAAGUUUAUUUUUGUCAGAUUGCCACUGGGCAUACGUAUUGUCUAGCAGAGGGAAUACAGAUCAAGUGUGACCUGUAAUAGCACCUUUGCUGACAGGCUUCGAUCUUUUGUUCAUAUCUGUAAUGUAUCCAAAUUAGAAGAAAAUUAAGUUAUGAUCAAAAUAAGAAACUGAAAUGCCAAUAUUAAUAAAGUACUGGUAUGUGUACAUGAUACAUGUGCAUAUCCAUGUCUACAGAUGCAUAUAGAACAAUCGCAUCCAAACAUCAAAUAAAUGCACUUACGCAAACAGUACAGGCCUAUACCUUUUCCGAAGGUAGGAGGAAGCUUUCCACAUCUCCACCUUUUUGCUAUUGCAGAGAAAAUCCUUUAUCUGCCUGUUACUUAUUCAGUUCCAUUAUUCUAGACAAUCCACAGGUACAAUUGGAGUAAAAAAAAAAAUCCUCAAAGGAAUCUCUAUUUUUUUAAAAAACCAAAGUGUGCUGUAAAUAUAACAGAUCCAUGUAAUUGGGAAUUAUUUUCUUCAUGUUAGAGAUGACCAUGCUUGAUUAAAUAAUCCACACAUUUAGACAUGUUUAACAAGAGAUAUCUACAAUCUAGUUCUGUGCAAGUGAUCUGUAGUCUGUUUUUAGAAAAACAGACCAUGGUUUGGAUAUGGACAUUUCCUCAAAAUUCAUAACAUUAGUGGACAGCUAUUCCUUCUCCAGUUGAGAAUGACUCCAGAUCUGUCAUGAUGUAGUGGCUAGUUAUAAUUUGUGAGAAGAAAAUGUAUUGCACUGCUUCCAGUUGUGUGUUCUCAUGCACACUUGCUCACAUAUGCAAAUAAAUGUUGCACAUAUGAACACUUUCUGAAAACAAACUUUUUUAAACGGAGAUUUGCCUUGCUGCCAUGCAUUGAUCAUUUCAGAUUUAAAGCAGCAACAAACCUCUUAGUGUGCAUCACUGCAAAUGAUGUUUAGUCUUCAAUGAAAAUAUUCUGUGUAUUUAUUCUUCUAAACACAGUCUAUUACAUUCCAAUGUAUAAAAUGGAGCAGCCUAGGAAAGCUCCUACGUAGCUAGUUGCUCUCAGUUCAGAGGCUGUAAGCCUGACUCUAAUUAGGUUGAUAAAAGGAGCCAGUAAGAGCAAUCUGCUUAGAAGUCUGCUGUCAAGUAAUUGGAAUAAUGGUAUAUUUAAUCCAAAUGAACAUAUCAGCUGUGUCCUGCAACUCACUGGAAUUGUUAACAUGCUUUGUUUACAUUGACAACUGCACUUAAGGGUAAAAUUAAAGCUCAUUUUAAAGCUAA